AAACAUCAUCCUCGGGCACGACUGCCUGCCUCGCCAAGUAGUGAGAGGGAGAUCUCCCUCACUCUCUCUUCCUCACUCUGCAACCUCGAGUUCAAGGCAAGGCGCAUUCAGCGUGACGACAGAAAUGGCGGAUUCAGCAUCUCUACUGUACAAUCAGCUCAAGGCUUCUGAACCGUUCUUCCUGUUGGCCGGUCCGAAUGUUAUCGAAUCCGAAGAACAUAUUCUUCGAAUGGCGAAGAACAUAAAAGGCAUUGCGACAAAGCUUGGAUUGCCUCUGGUUUUCAAGUCAAGUUUUGAUAAAGCUAACCGAACUUCAUCAAAGUCGUUUCGAGGGCCUGGCAUGGUUGAGGGAUUGAAGAUUCUUGAGAAGGUGAAAAUAGCAUAUGAUCUACCCAUAAUAACUGAUGUGCAUGAAACUGUCCAGUGUGAACCGGUUGGCAAGGUUGCAGAUAUAAUUCAGAUACCGGCUUUCUUGUGUCGUCAGACAGAUCUUCUGGUUGAGGCAGCCAAAACCGGCAAAAUUAUCAAUAUUAAGAAAGGACAGUUUUGUGCUCCUUCGGUCAUGACAAAUUCGGCUGAGAAGAUUAGACUGGCUGGCAAUCCAAAUGUGAUGGUUUGCGAAAGAGGAACUAUGUUUGGAUACCAUGAUCUGAUUGUUGAUCCACGAAAUCUGGAAUGGAUGAGAGAAGCUAAUUGUCCUGUUGUUGCUGAUAUAACUCAUUCAUUACAACAGCCCGCUGGAAAGAAGCUGGAUGGAGGGGGUGUUGCUAGUGGAGGCCUUCGCGAGUUAAUACCAUGCAUCGCCAGAACAGCUGUAGCUGUUGGCAUCGAUGGAAUUUUCAUGGAAGUGCAUGAUGAUCCUCUUAAUGCCCCGGUUGAUGGCCCGACUCAAUGGCCGCUGCGUCACCUAGAAGAACUCCUGGAGGAGCUCACGGCAAUCGCUAGGGUCACGAAGGGGAAGCAGAGGUACCAAAUCGAUCUCACACCUUUCCAUGGUUAAAACCCUAAAGGCGUUUAUGUAUCCUCCUUGGGUAAGAAACCCGCAUAUCAAUAUCACGACCAUUCUUCUCAUUCUCAACCCUCUCUACCAAUUUUAUUUUGUUGGAUCCAUUGUGAUUCCGCAUUGUUACGAAAGUAUUUUAUAAUAUUAAUAUCAGCAAAAUUUACAGAGCUUUCA